CUCGCUCAUCCUCCGCGUCGUCAAGACGUUCAUUGCUCACGCUACCACGCCACGGGCAUCGUUUCUCUUCUUAAUCAAAAAAUUAACCACAACGUCCUUUUCACAUUCUCGAUUGUUUCUCGAUCGAUCGUUUGUCGGGUAUCAGGCUCAAAUUUGGAACGAAAUAUUUAAAAAAAUCUAAACUUGAUAUUUCGUGUUAUUAUAUUCUACAAUUCAACCAUUAAAAAGGAGUUUCUCAACGACGUAUACGCGCGUACAUACAAUAUCAUCGAUAUUUGCGAUUAUUAAAUCGAUGCUAUCGAUGCUAUCGAUCAACAUGCGAAUCUUCAAAACGGUGUUGCUACUCGCCGCGUUCUGUUCCAACAGAGUUGCGCAGUGUUUACCGAUUGCGAACGAAACAUCGAUUGUGGAAUCAUCGAAUCCGACAACAUCGACUCCCUUCAAUUCUACAAUCGAUCAUUACGAUCAGCGACAAAACGGAUCCGAGAAUUAUCGUGUUCACGUGGAUGGCGUGAUGCUCGUCAUUGCUCCUGUUGAGACACUCCUUCUGGCAGGUGCUGCCGACAAUAAUAAACCUAGUUUACCGGCAAUUGAUUCUUCAAAACCACCAUCCAGUAAACCGGAAAUCAAUCUUAAACUGUCACCAAUGUCCAAGUCAACACAAAGGACUGGCUUACGCUUGGCGAAUUUAUUGGUUCCUCUGUUGCGUCGUAUUCGCCAUGAAUGAAGAAUUCAAACUUUUUUUAUACAAAACACAAAAUAUUUACGUAAAGCUUAAUUGCUCCAUUAUCAUUUUUGUUUAAUCAUAUAGUGUUCCUUUAUCUCAUCCCUAUCAUCAUCAUUUUUCAUCUUCCUCGUAAAAAUGAUGAUUAUUUUAGUUAUUCUAUUUUAAAAUGGUAUAUUUAUUUUUAAUCUUGCUUGUAAUUAAUUAGCAAACUUUAAAAAAAGAAAAAAAAGAAUUAAAAAAAAUGUUAAAUUAAAAUUAGCUUACACGAAAAAUAUUUCACUAUAUUUAAUAUUGCACGAGAUUUACAGAAUGGUUCAAGGUU